AUGGGGAAAUCUUCUGGGGGUGGCGAGUUUGGAAAGUACUAUAGCCUACCUGCUCUGAAUGAUCCAAGGAUCGAUAAGUUGCCGUACUCUGUCAGGAUCCUUCUUGAAUCGGCAAUCCGUAACUGUGACAACUUCCAAGUCACCAAGGAAGAUGUUGAGAAGAUUAUUGAUUGGGAGAAUACUUCUCCCAAACAAGUCGAGAUUCCUUUCAAGCCUGCCCGUGUUCUCCUGCAGGAUUUUACUGGUGUACCAGUUGUGGUGGACCUUGCUUGCAUGAGGGAUGCUAUGAACAAGCUUGGCAGUGAUUCUAGCAAGAUUAACCCCUUGGUCCCAGUGGAUCUUGUUGUUGAUCAUUCUGUUCAGAUGGAUGUAGCAAGAUCAGAAAAUGCAGUGAAGGCAAAUAUGGAUCUUGAAUUCCAGAGGAACAAGGAGAGCUUUGCUUUUCUUAAAUGGGGAUCUACUGCUUUUCACAACAUGUUUGUUGUUCCUCCAGGCUCUGGUAUCGUGCAUCAGACAAGAAAUCAAGUCCCUCCUAUGCAGACAUCUUUGAAUCACUCAUUCCCAUCUCUGCCUCAAUCUUUGCAAUUCCCUAUGACAGGGGGCCCCUUACCUCUUCCUUCACUUCGUAUGCCAAUUCCUGAUUCUUUGAUCACUCUUUGUGAGUUUAUGAACCGCAUGGAGCAGGCAUUAUCACUCAAUGGAUAUCAAUCAAAUCUUUCACCUUCCUAUGUUGGAGAUCCAUUGAGAGUGGAGGUACCAUCUGAUACGAGGGGAUUGCCAACUCCCGAAGCAUUAGCUAUUGUUGUUCGACAAACACAACUUCUCAGUGGUCAUGCUACGUCUGCACUUGCUGUAUGUACUGAACUUUCUUAA